UCACGGCCACUUUGCGCUUUGCGACAGACUGUGGUGGACACCAUCACCGUGGUCGAGCGACAACCAGCUGUUUUUCCUUUCGAUCUUUGAGUGUGCGCGCGUUUUACCCGAGGGGUUCGUCGAUUAGCGUCGCCGUCGUCGUCGUCAAAGAGCACCAGGUGCCGUAGUUAUGGCCGCCGUCGCAGCAGCGCAGAAAAACAGGGAGAUGUUCGCCAUCAAGAAGUCGUACAGCAUCGAGAACGGUUACCCGGCGAGGCGUAGAUCACUGGUUGAUGACGCCCGUUUCGAAACGUUGGUCGUGAAGCAGACCAAGCAGACCGUACUCGACGAGGCACGUCUCAGGGCAAACGACUCUAGCGAGGUAGACCGCGAAGAAGAGAAGGGGACAGACCAAAACGCAGGCGAUGACACCGGCCUCACCGAAGAAGAGGUGGUGCUGGCCAACGCCAUCUCGGAAGACCCGGAGGCGGAGAAGACGGUACAACGCGCGGCGCUGGUGCUGCGCCUGCGCGAAGGCAUGAACUCGCUGUCGCGGGUGCUGAAGAGCAUCGAGAAGUACCAGGGGGUCGUGGUCCAUUUGGAAACGCGGCCCAAUCAGAAGGACGGUGGCCAGCUGGACGCGCUGGUCAAGAUCGACAUGUCGAGAGUGAACCUGCUGCAGCUGUUGAAGAACCUCAGACAGUCGAUGACCUUGGAUCACGCCACGCUGAUCGGCGAGGACAACAUAUCGGCCAAGAACCCGUGGUUCCCUAGACACGCGAGCGAACUGGACGACUGCAACCACCUGAUGACCAAGUACGAGCCCGAUUUAGACAUGAACCACCCAGGCUUCGCCGACAAAGAGUACCGGGCUAGGAGGAAGACCAUCGCUGAGAUCGCGUUCGCCUACAAAUACGGAGAUCCCGUCCCCUUCAUCGAGUACACGGAGACCGAGAACAAGACCUGGAAGUCGGUGUUCACCACGGUGCUCGACCUGAUGCCGAAGCACGCGUGCGUCGAGUACCGCCGCGUCUUCAAGCAGCUCCAAGAGGAAGGCCUCUUCGUCGCCGACAAGAUCCCCCAGCUCGAAGACAUGUCCAAGUUCAUGCAGAGGAACACCGGGUUCACCCUCAGACCUGCCGCCGGCCUCCUCACCGCCAGAGAUUUCCUCGCUUCUCUGGCGUUCCGCAUCUUCCAGAGCACCCAGUACAUCAGGCACGUCAACUCGCCGUUCCACACCCCCGAGCCCGAUGCGAUCCACGAGAUAUUGGGGCACAUGCCGCUGCUGGCCGAUCCGAGCUUCGCCCAAUUUUCGCAGGAAAUCGGCUUAGCCUCUUUGGGAGCCUCCGACGAGGAGAUAGAGAAACUGUCGACGGUGUACUGGUUCACCGUCGAGUUCGGCUUGUGCAAGGAGGAGGGCGAGACCAAAGUGUACGGCGCUGGACUCCUGUCCGCCUACGGCGAGAUGCUCCACGCGCUGUCCGACAAGCCUGAGCACCGUCCGUUCGAUCCCGUGUCCACCGCCGUCCAACCUUACCAAGACCAAGAAUAUCAACCGGUGUACUACGUGGCGGAGAGCUUCGAGGACAUGAAGGACAAGUUCAGGAGGUGGGUGAGCGCGAUGUCGAGGCCCUUCGAGGUGCGAUUCAACCCUCACACCGGCCGGGUGGAGGUGCUGGACUCUGUCGACAAGCUGCAAUCGCUCAUCCAGCAGAUGAAGACGGAGGUGCUGCACCUGACCAACGCGGUGCACAAGAUGAAGACGCCCGGCCUCCAGUAGACCUCUGUCGCCGUCGCCGUCAAAGUUUUAGGUUGUGUUAUCGCGAAAUCAUUUGUUAGUUUGUUGUAUAAUAUAUUCUGAAUUAUUUAUGUAAAAUUAGGCGUCCCGGAGUCUCUAUGUAGUAGUCGUAGUUUUCGGUAGGUGAUUCAAAAGUAUUAGCCGUCGAGGUUAUCGCGGUCGACGUCGUAAAAGACAGCGGAGCGCGGGCCCCACCUCCCCUCCCAGCCUCCAAAGGCUACCGCUGCCGCCCAAGUGUUGUACAUAGAUGUUAACUGUUAAAAAUAUAUAUAUGUAUACGAAAUGGAUAUGUACUUAUGUGACAAUAAAUGUGCAAUAUUGA